AUGGAUCCUGACGCAGUGUGCCGAACCGUCCUCAAUGAGAUCGAAGAGUGUUUGUCGCAAAUUAAACAAAUGCCUUUGCCACCAUUUCCUGUUUACGAGAAUACAAAUAAAGCUGCCGCUUAUAUCAGCUAUCGUUUAAAAGAGUAUGAUUCUGUUGCUUAUUAUCUUUCUGAAGCUCAUGGAGGCGGAAUUCGUUCAAAACUAUCAUUGAUAAUGAAUCCAGAUACUGCAAGUAAAAAAGAACUCAAUGAUUGUUUAUCCUUGAACUCAGAAUAUGUGACCAAAAGAUACCAUGGUCUUGUUGAACGAUUAAAAGAAAUGCCAUCUGAAUGGACAAUAAUACAAAUUACUAAAAACUAUAAUCCUAAAGAUGUAGUAACUCCUAGGCCUACAGACAAACCUACAGAUGUUUCUGAACUAUUUAUAUCUAGAUAUCAGUGUGGUCAAAAACACAAAAAUAUUGAACCUUUGACUGUAAAAGUGGAUAAGCCCAAAACCAGUUUAGGACAAAAGACUAUCUUUGAAGUUCUGAAAAAAAGCUUAGAAGACACAAAUGACAGGCAAAAUAAGGAUCCAUCUGCUAUUCGGAAUUUAAGGGAUUCCGCUUCCCAGUCAAUUAAAAACAUUUCACAGGAAAUUCAUACUAGUUGGAUAAAACAUUGGAUUUGUAUGUUAUUAGGCAAUUAUAUUGAUGAGAAACUUUCAGCAGAAGUCUAUAGUGUUAUUGAUAAUGUCAUAGAACAAGAAAAUAUGAGUAUAAGUGACCGAGGCAGAAUGAUUUUGUAUCAGAUAACAAAUGCAGUUGUUCAAUUAACUAAUGAUGAAAUAAACAACAUUCUUAAAGAAGUAGAUUGUUCCCCAGAGGAUAUGAAUAAAUUUGAAUUUGCUAUUAAUAAAUAUAAAUUAAAUGGUUCUCAUUUAAUGUUGAAAAAGAGACAUUCUGUUUUGCUCAUACUAGAUGAGCAUUUAGAAUGCUUGCCAUGGGAAACAAUGCCAUGUUUGAGAAGACAUCCAGUCUCCCGUGUGUCAUCUAUACAUAUUGUGCAUAGAUUAUAUCACAAACACAAGGAUUCUAUUCAAAACGGAUUAAUGAAAAUUAAAAAUCAAGGAUACUAUAUUUUAAACCCCGAUAAAUCAUUGUCUAAUGCAGAAAAAAGAAUGGCGAGUUUCCUCAAAGAAAGAAAUGUGAACUGGGACGGCAUUCAAAGUCAGGAGCCUACUUCAGAACAGUUCAGUUCAUUACUUAAAAAAAAUAGCAUACUAUUGUAUUGUGGCCACGGUAAUGGAACACAAUACUUGCAUAGUUUAGAUUUAGACAAAUUAGAUCUACAAUGUAUACCAAUGUUGUUUGGUUGUUCAAGUGCCAAACACACUGACAAAGGAGGAAGGUCUAAUUUUGUGGGUGCUUCUUAUGGAUAUUUAAAAGCUGGCUGUCCCUGUGUCAUUGGUAUGUUGUGGAAUGUAACAAGUUUAGAUGCUGACAACUCGGCCAGAGCCAUGCUUAAUGUUUGGCUUCCUGGAAAUCCCAUUAACCUUCAAGAAAAAUGGCCUAAAGAAUUUUUAGAUCAACAGGAUUACCCCAUAGAACGAGAACUCUUGCGUUCAUUAGCAAUUGCCAGGAAAACUACAAGAAGUUUUUUCAACUACGCUGCUUUAGUCGCCCGAGGCAUACCGGUUAUCAUGACAGACUGA